AUGUGUGGGAUCUGCUGUGUAGUGAGUUUGACCUCGUCUCAGUGUACGCUUCAUGAUCACAUCUAUGAAAAGCUGCGUAAUCGAGGACCUGAUCACAGCCAGGACAUCACAAAAAGGUCCUCGGAUCCAGAGUACAGUUGUCUUUUCUCUGCUCAUGUCCUCAACAUGAGAGGAAGUCCGACCCCACAGCCUCUGCAAGAUGACGAUGGUAAUCUCCUCCUCUGGAACGGGGAGGUGUUUGAUGGUUUAACGGUGGAACCUGAGGAAAAUGAUACCAAAGUUAUCUUCGAUCACUUGUCAGCGUGCAAAACUCAGUCAGAUAUGUUAUCCGUCCUGUGUCAGGUUAAGGGACCAUGGGCAAUUAUCUAUUACCAGAAAGAGGAACAUUGUGUCUGGUUUGGGAGGGAUUUCUUUGGGAGAAGAAGUCUGCUUUGGAGCUGGGAGUUGGACGAGAGUUCCUUUACGCUGAUGUCUGUGUCCUCUCGUUCAGCAGAUCUUGGUUCCUCAAACUGUUUAGAAGUACCAGCAGUUGGUGUUUACAGACUGGACUUGAAGAGUUGGUCACAGCGGGAAAGUCUGAAAAUUGAGGUUUAUUCAUGGGGUUCUCUUGAUUCUGAUUUCACCUGGGAAGGUCUUCCCAAUUCUGUUUCCUUCGUCAUGAACGAUUCCGGACUUAUUCUAUCAUCUCCAGUUCCCCCGAUUAACAUGUCCAUAACUGAUGUGGAACCAAAUUCUUGUAAUUCUGGUCAAACAUCACUGGAUGAUCUUAAGGAGCUUCUAAAAAGCACCGGAAAGCGAGAAAUGGUUUGCCGUCUCAUAGACGUCCUCAGUGACGCUGUGCGCAAGAGGGUGCAGCACCUUCCUUGUCAGUCCAACACCGACCAAGCGCAAGUUGCCAUACUUUUUUCUGGGGGAAUUGAUUCCACAAUCCUGGCUAUUCUUGCCGAUCGGUACAUACCUCCAGACCAACCCAUCGACCUCUUCAAUGUGGCGUUUCAACUCCAGGAAUCAAAGGCAAAUCAGGGUUCAGGGAAGAAAGGACAAAAUAAUAAAAAAGGGCACACAAGUCAUGAUGUGACGUCGCUUCAACCAAAGUUUGACGUUCCUGAUAGAAUCACUGGUUGGGACAGUUUACGGGAACUUACAGCUCUCAAUCCCUCACGGAAAUGGAACUUUGUUGAGAUCAACAUUUCUCAAGAGGAGCUUAGGGAAAUACGGGUGAAGAACAUCUGCCACCUGGUACAUCCUUUGGACACUGUUCUGGAUGACAGUAUCGGAUGUGCCAUGUGGUUUGCAGCUCGAGGAAUUGGCUUUGUAUCAGAUGGAACACAAUUGAGGCAACAUAGGUCAACAGCAAAGGUUGUUCUGACAGGCAUUGGGGCAGACGAGCAGCUAGCUGGCUACUCCAGACACCGAGUGCGGUUUAAAACCUCCGGUUUACAGGGACUCGUCAAGGAGCUGGCUAUGGAGCUGGGCCGGAUAUCCUCCAGGAAUCUCGGACGAGAUGAUCGAGUUAUUGCAGAUCAUGGUAAAGAAGCCAGAUUUCCGUACUUGGACGAGGACGUCGUGAGCUUCCUGAACACACUGCCGGUUUGGGAGAAGGCAGAUCUGUCUCUGCCCCGAGGAUUUGGAGAAAAACUCCUUCUGAGGCUAGCAGCUGUAGAGCUCGGACUUGGACCUUGUGCUGUUCUGCCUAAGAGAGCCAUGCAGUUUGGUUCUCGAAUAGCCAAGCUGGAGAACAGCCGUGAAAAGGCAUCAGAAAAGUGCAUGAGACUGAUCACUGAUUAGAGUAUAGGGUUUAAUUUAUUCAGUCGCACAAAAAGUGGAUUUGAUUUUUUUUCUUCCUCAAGCCCUGUGUGUGAAACUUAAGUGUGUUUGAAUGCUAUAUUAAAUAAACAUCUGGAUUUUGAA